GUGAUACUUUUACCGCUUUGGGUCAAGGUCUCCUAUCUAUGCCCUACUGGUAUUCGGUCGCGAUAUGGUCCUCAGACAUUACAAGUUUCCAUCAGGGUCUUCAGGGCACUUACUUAUAUAUGCGCCUGUGCUUGCUAACCUCAAGAACAUAUAACUUGGAGUGCCUUUAUUUUCAUUGCCGCAGACGUAGAUUAUCUCUGAAUUAGAUCGCAACGGCUGCCAAGAUGAGGAUAAAAUCUCUCUACCUAUACCCGAUCAAGUCCCUCAGGGGCAUUUCUAUUGAUGAAGCACUUGCCACAAGACUUGGAUUUCCCCACGAUCGUUCAUUCAUGUUGCUGAAGGUCAUCUCUGGGGUGGAUGGAGCGGCAGACUCCACGAAAACGAUGCAUGUUCCACACUUUCCGGAGAUGUCGCUCUUCAUCACCUCUCUGGAAGCAACAGGAGACGGUACGACUGAAAUCGUCGUAGACUAUAGACCUCCCGGAAAGUCUUCGAAACAGUUGAGGGUACCACUAGAACCCGACGUGUCCGAACUCGGUUCACUUCAUGUCCGGAUGUGGAACACGUCGACGCCAGCAUACAACAUGGGAGAAACCUUUAAUUCCUGGUUCGGCGAAUGCUUUGGGUUUCCCGUCAUUUUCGCCUACAUUGGCGACAAUUCCCGGGAUGUUCUCAUGAAAACGUCGAAUCCAGAUGCGCCCAAGUCGUGGCUCUCGCGUGUUACGUCGGCAGUUGGGAUUACUGGCGAGCCCGUGGAGAAGCUCACAUUUCAAGAUUGCGCUUCCUACCUCGUCGUGUCCGACACGUCGGUGCAGAACGUAUCUCAAAGGCUUCCGGAUGGUGUGGUCAUGGACGAGACGAAAUUUCGGCCGAACAUUGUCAUCGAAGGGGCACCCGAGCCGUUCGAAGAGGAUUUCUGGGGCGAGAUCACAGUUUCGGGCGAUUCCUCGACCACCUCUGCGGCGACGGCGGUUGUGAGAUUGCCUCAGAAUUGCGUUCGGUGCAAGAGCCUCAACAUCGACUACGGUACUGGUAAGAUGGGGACUGGGGAGGAAGGUCAGGUUUUGAAGAAGUUGCAGAAAGAUCGACGGGUCGACGGGUCGAAAAAGUACAGUCCAGUCUUUGGGAGAUACGGCUAUUUAGAAAGGAACUCUGGGGGAAUAAUCAAGGUCGGCGACGAGGUGUCGGUCACGCUUCGAAAUCAGACGAGGACGGGAAUGGAUUGGCCUAUGGCCGAGUUCACAUAGACCUGUGUUCUGAAGCCCACGAUUUUCAGAAACCAUUCCACCCUGUUGAUCAUUCUCAGUGUCCCGGUUUUAAGUGCCAUCCUGCUUCCGGUAAUCAUCAAUCAAACUGA